CAAUAUCUUACAUUUUUAUCAAAUAAUAAUUAGAUUAACGGUAUUUUGACAUGAUUUUAUAAUGCGCUAGUGAGAUAACUCGAGAUCAAAUGCCGUGAGUUGAUAAGAAGAGUCAUUGUUCUCACGUUUUCAAGAAGCAUAGCCAAAGUGCGGCACAGUGUGAAUAAAAAAGUGAUAAUGUGUGAUGCUGAUUAGCUGCUCCUUCAUUGGAUAUUGGAUGCUCUAUAGGUGAUUUGGUACUAAGCUGGUAAUGACGUGUUGUUUCUGGGUCGUACGCCAGCAAAAGCAGCAACGACGACGACUACGAAUAAAAAUAAUUGCGAUUCCUUAUGAGUACACUAACACCAGCCUGGAGGCAAACAGCGGACGACGAGUGCAAUUCUACGUACCAUUCGAUAGCGGCAGCAGCCGAAAAUCAGCAGUACAAUAUUCGCCGCCGAAUCAGUUCGAGUCUGAAUACGUGGGAGAAACAAACCUGCCAGGAUCCAGACUCAUCAGCAUCUUCCGACAAUGGGCCAGCGAAGAAAGCAACGGCAGCAGGCACUGUGUCAGGGUUAACACAGGUUGUUGAUUCUAAUUGCGAUAAUAAUAGCCUGAAAGAACAGCAAGAAAAUGAGACUGGCGACGUGGAACAAGAACUACAGUUAGCAAGUGAUACAGUGCAAAAGUAUCAAUACCAAAGCGCUGAAAUUUUAGAUACUACUGGAAGCGAUAUAAACAGCAUCAAUCCAAGCCGAAGACAUAGCCGAAUCAGUAUGAUAAUUAUCUACGGCCGGGAAGUUUUGUGCAUUUUGGCCCUGAUACUAACAACGUACGCAUCAAUUCAGAACAGCAAACCGCGAAUUUCCAAGGCACCUCCUGCGGUUCCAUUUUUUUCUCGAGGAUCACUGGUUCACGACUGGCCCUCGGGUGCUUUGGGUCCCACACAGACUCGCGUCUCCCAGUCGGAGCUAUCGUUCGUAUUUUACUACGCACCCUGGUGCGCCGAAAGUCAGCAUGCUCGCUCCGUUUACGAGCACGUCGCUCGGCUUUACUUCCGAGAGGCGCACUUCGCUGCCAUCAACUGUUGGCAGCCCGGAGGCGAAUGUCGCCUGCAAUACUCCAAAGUGCACUCGUGGCCGGUGCUGAUGGCUUACCAACCGAACGGGCUGGCAGUUCAGUACCAUCAGGCAUGGACCAACGCUGCUCUCACCCGAUUUGUACAGUCACUCAUUAAACCCAUUCAUCGGCUAACGGGUCCAGGCGAUCUAAUGAGUUUUAUGACAGGAAAGGAUGCGGUUGUGGUAGCAUUCUUGGACUUAAAAGCAAACUCUAAACAGUACAGUAGUUUUUAUCAAACGUCCCUUAAAUGGUUGGAGAAGGAUCCAUUCCAAGAAGUUGCAUUUGGAAUAGUCACCGGAGAGUCUUCCAACGCAUUUGGGGUAGAGGAAAUUCCAGCGAUUCGACUCUAUCUUUGGAAUGAGACAAUUGAAUUCACUGGCAAUGAUACAUGGGCACAAUCAGAGAUUGUGGAAUGGAUUGGCAAGCACAUUCAGGUAGUCUCGAUGUGGAUUGCCCCACCUGGAGCUACUAAGUCUGCCUCCCUGGCUCCGUACUUUAAGCACGGCCCAGUUCUCUUUUAUUUCACUCCUCGUACACUCUAUGAUGCCACAUCUCCGUCCGAUGCAUAUAUGCUGCUUCGACAGUUGGGGAUGCAGUACUACAACUGCCGGGGCGAUAAAUGGAUAGAAGAGAUGGCGAAGCGAUACAUCGCAGAGCAUCGACGGCUUAAUGCCGAAACAUACGUGCAACUAAAGAAUAAUUGCAUCCUAAUGUUGAAAAACAAUCCUUAUCAGAGCAAUGAAGAUGGCGAUGAGAGAAAAAAAGCUUGUACUGCUUCCAAUACAGUAGCAGUUUCAUUUGUGAAUGUUCUGAAUACAUCAAAAUUUACCGAAGGUCGUCAAAAAAUUCGCUCUUUAGGAGGCGGGCCUCAUGAUUAUUGCGAAAUCGAACGGGUGAAGUGCGACGAAAGGUUCUAUGAGUGCGAAGUUACUGACAACGAAAAUUCACUUAAUUACGAGCCAGAAGAAACCUGCUCAAAAAGAAAGCGUAAACAUUCCAGUUUGUAUGGCUCAGUGAAAGGUGAUAAUAGGUCAAAGCAACCGACGAUUUCGUUGCUGGAUGCAGACGAGGAUUAUCGGGGGUCACAAAUGUUGCGGAAACUAUAUCAGCGGAAGCAAUGCGAGUUACUACAACUAAGUGAGAUGGAUCAAAAUGAAAUUUUCUUCCGCGAGCCUGCUGAUCGGGAUGACAAUUACACAGACCUGAUCCAGGGGAUGGCCUGCAAGUCCAAUAAAACGCUCACAUUUUUGGGAAUGGACAGUGCUUUGUAUCAUGCGUUUGCGGAAAGAUUAGGUGUUGAUGUUCUGACUGAAGCCAAUAAGUCCGUAGCGAUAAUCGUCGAUCACGAGGAUGAAUCAACCUACUUGUUGAAAGACGCUAUCAGCUUAGCUUCAAUGUCCAAAUUUGUGUACGAUUUUUACAAUAGAAGUUAUCCACGGUUUCUACGGGCGAAUAACGUAGCUUUCAAGAAUACCCAUUCGUUCAACAUGAGCGAGUUUCGAAAGGAAAACAAGCGUACAAUGCAAGUCAAACGAAAAGAGUCUUCGGUCGAACGAAAACGACAGGUGGACAUUGAAAAAAAUGCGUCACAGCAAGUCACUAGCAAAGGAUCUCACCAAACGAUGAAUGGGCAAAUGGUGCCGGACCACGAACAUCAUUAUAUAAGGGAGAUAAAUUCUCGCAACUUUCAGCAAGCCGUGAUCAACACAAACAAGACUGUCAUCGUCCACUUCUACUCAACUCAAUGUGCCUUCUGCAGUUUGCUCUCACAGCAGCUGCUCACAGUGUCGCGAAUACUGCGCCAGCAGCCACGGCUAGAAUUUGUCCGGAUCGACGGAGACAAAAACGAUCUGCAGUGGGAAUACAGUAUGGAUCUAUUCCCAACGUUAAUUAUAUUCCCCAAUCAAAGAAAAUCCGAAAGUCGGAUUUUUUCUCGCCACCUACAGCUAACUGUGCCGAACGUUCUGGGAUUUAUUCUAGCAAAUCUCACACCUCCCGAAAGAAUCCAUGCCAACUAUCUUAUCUGUGACACUGUGAAGUCGUCACCAUCUCGCGACGAAUGCCUACAGACAAUGAAGCGUGAGCUUAGCAAUGGCAUCUCGCUCAAUUUGCGCCUCUAUCGAAAGUCUACCAAUCGUCCGGCCAGAGCCGCGCAAGUGCUGCGUCGGCUGCAGGUUCUGCAGGAGUUCUAUCUAACCACGCUCGGUUGUCUCAGCCAUUCCUGUGAUUUUACUCGACUAAAAGCCCACGCCGAUACAAUCCUCACUAUGUGGCAAAUGACGGUGUGAGAAACUGUGCGCGACUGCCCAAGGUCGAAAGUUUAUCGAAAAAGUCUUCUAGGAAAUUGCCAAAGUGCUUCCUUGGUUGGCAGAACGAAAAAUAAUAUUCAUUUUAUAUGAAGAGUCACUUUUACGGUUCCAAAAACUACUAGUAGUUUUUUCUUUGAUAUUGCAAUUUAUUUCCUUCAAGUCACCGGAAAAAUAAACUAAUAAAUUAUUUUUGUUAUUU